AUGAAUAGGAGUAGAAAAAUAACUCCAGAAGAAAUUAAAUAAAUUAGAAAUGAUAGUUGGAAGGUACUCAUAGGAGGCAUUAGUAUCAACUUUAUCUUAGGCUCUUUUUAUUCAUGGGGAGCAUAUUCAAUUUACUUGUCAAGUUACUUAAAAGCAAUAGACCACAAUGUUACUAGCGACUCUGUAGCAAUUAUUUUUCCUUUGAUGAAUAUAACUAUGAACUCUUUAAUUCCUUUUGGAGAAAAAAUAGUAGCUAAAUCUGGUUUAAAAAGCGUAGUUUUCUAUGGAGUAUUUUUACUUAGUGCAACAUUCUUCGUUCUUUCUUUUAUUACAAACUAUUAUCUUAUUUUGGCCAUAUAUGUUCUUGUAGUUGGACCUCUAUAUGGCAUCUUAUAUUUAGUACCUUUUUCAUGUUCAUGGAAAUUCUUUCCCUUAAAGUCUGGAGAAGUGAACGCUAUUCUCUAAGCAGGUUAUGGAGUGGGAUCUGCAUUGUUUGGUUUCUUUUCUUAUUUAAUAGUUAAUUACUAUAAUGAUUAUCCUAAACGUACUGAAUAUGAAAAUGGUGAAAAUAGAGUUUAUUUUGAAGAAUGUGUUUCAUAUAAUAUUCCUACUAUGCUGCGUUUUUUCAGUAUUGCAUUUGCUAUUCUAGGCUUGUUCUCAAUAAUAUUUUUAAGAAAUUAUAAUGAUGCCUUGCUUUUAUCAUAUUAACAAUAUGAAAUGGUCAAGCAAAAAAGUAUUUAGCAAUCUCCAAGGACAAGAGAAAAAUAAAAAAGAAUGAGUCCUCAAUAAGUAUGUCCAACUCUAAAGGAUGGCAUAAAAUCAAAACAGUUCUUCUAAUUAUUAUUUUUCGCUAUUGCUUCAUCAUUUUUCGGGUAUUUCGCAAUGGCCUAUUAUAAAACCUAUGGUCUUAUCCACUAUAACAAUGAUUAAUACUAAACUCUUUUGGGAUGCGUUUCAUUCACCUUUUUUGGAUGCUCUAGGUAUCUUUGGACAAAAUUAAUUAGUAUUUUAGAAUUCAAGAAAAGCUUCUACCUAAUUUUAUUUACAUAAGCAGCACUCAUCCUGAUUUUCUAAUAUUUUGGUAGUAACUUGAUAGUUUAUGAUAUAUCUAUUUUUUCUUUGAUUUUUGUCUAAGGAGGAGUAUUUAGUUGGUUUAGUAAAUUCAUACCUAAGGUGUUUGGAUAUAAAUUGACCAACCAAAUAUUUGGAUUAAUUUUAAUAGGAUUUGCAAUCUCGAAUCUUUUAAUGCAUUCAUUCAUUUUAGUUUCGUUAUAGAAUGGAAUGAUAAACUUUUAGUUAGUAUACAUACUGAGUAUCUCUUCUCUUGCUGUUGUUGCUAUCAUGUAUAAAUUUUUCGAUGAAAAUCCAGAAUUCAUCUGA